AUGCUCAAAGCCAUCAAAUCCAUCUCCCAGAAGCAGAAGCAGAAGCAGAAGCAGAAGCAGAAUGAGAAGCAAAACGCCCCAACACGACCCUGCAUCCACCGCUCACACUGGUACGAACUCGACUCUCCCACUCCCACUCCCACUCCCACCGCAAACCGACGACCCACAGGAGAAGAACCCUUCGAACGGCCCACCACCAGCUGCACCACGGAAGGCCUAACAACCCUAACCCCCGUCCCCGACACGGAGGCAUGCAGUCUCUGCAAGGAACAGAAGCGUGCGGAGCGCGUAUACAGACUCAAGCUGAUCGCGGGCCUCGGGCUGCCGUUUCUUCUUUCGAGCCUGGAUUUGACGAUCGUCGCGACGGCGACGUCGGAGAUUGCGUCGCGGUUUGACCAAUUCAGCGAACUAAACUGGAUCAUCACAGCCUUCAGUCUCACCUCGACAACCUUCAUCCCGAUAUUCGGGCAACUCUCGGAUGUCUUUGGACGGCAUGUAGUGCUGCAGGUGGCUCUGCUGUUCAUGCUGGUGGGGAGUGUGCUGUGCGCGGCGGCGCAGACGUGGGGGAUGUUGUUGCUGGGCCGCGCGUUGCAGGGCACAGGGUCUGCGGGGAUCGGGAAUCUCAUCAUGAUUAUUCUGGCUGAUAGGGUGUCGUUGAAGGAGAAUGCGAGGAAUAAGUCCUUUUUCACCUUGGUGGGGGGCGUGGGGUAUGCGGUUGGGCCGAUUGUGGGGGGUAGCAACUGGAGAUAUUGUUUCGUUGUGCCUAUACCUAUCGCCGUAUUCAGCCACAUCAUGAUAUUCUUGCUAUUGCGAAACGACCUCGUCGAAGGAACCAUGUUCAAGAAAGGAUCACGCUCAUCUUCCAUCCUGCCAGCUCUAGCCACAGUCGACAUUGGAGGAUCCCUCCUCUUCAUCUUCGGCGUCGGUCUGCUCAUUCUGGCCGCUACCUGGGGCGGAGCUACAUAUUCGUGGUCGUCCAGUCAAGUCCUCGCACCGCUGAUUCUGGGUGUGAUCUGUUUCGUCGCGUUCUUCGUGUAUGAGUACCUGCUUGAGCCGGGAAGGUUGCUCGCGCGCAUCUUCCCAAGACAUGUGGCCAUGCUUCCGUAUAGUCUGUUCGAACGGAGGGAUACGAUCUGGCUUGCGUUUUUGAACUUUUCCACGGGGGCAGCGUCGUACUCGAUCUUCUAUUUCAUCAGCAUAUACUACACCGUCGUGGCGGGAUACUCGACCUCGAAAGCGGGACUCGAGCUGUUGUACUACAUCCCCGGACUGGGGGGCGGCGUAUACCUAGCAGUAUACAUGUGCAACGCCUUCCCCCGUCAAACCUUCUUCCCUCUCAACAUCGGCGCCAUACUCAGCACCAUCGGCCUAGCACUGGUAUCCUACGCCAUCAGCGCGCAGAAGACCAGCAUCCUGAGCGGAAUGCUCGCCAUCACCGGCACAGGCGUAGGUCUCCGCAUGAUGCCAUCCUCGCUGCACACGGCAGGCGUCUGGCCCGAGCGACUCGCCCCCGCAAUGUCCCUGAUGCAAGUGGCUCUCCCGUUCGGAGGCACCCUCGGCUUGACGAUCAUGACCAGCGUGUUCAACAACAAGUUCGGCAAUUCGGAGGCCCUGAAAGGCCUGGAGGGCGUGGAUAGUACCCUGAACGUUCACGAUACGAACUCGUUGUCGUUCCUGGAUGAUCUGCCGCCGGCUGUGAAGGAGAGUGUGCAGUUGGCGGGCAAGAAUGCGAUCAUGUGGGCGUUUAUAUCGAUCUUGCCGAUCAUGGGGGUGAGUCUGGUUGCGGCGCUGGUUAUGGGGAAUGUUUGGGUAAAUAUGACGAAGAGGAAUGGAGAUGAUGAUGAUGAUGGGAGGGAGAGUGUCGGUGGAGGAGAUGAGGGACGGAGCGAGGUCAUUCAUGUCCCGUAUCUGUGGGCGCUUUAUAAGGGAUCUAUCAACACCCACAGACGCAUCAGCAAGCCCAUCCAACGCAUAACCACAUAA